AAAGACCAGCGAAUGAAGAAAGACUAGUGAAUGAAGAAAGACCAUCGAAUGGACAAAGACCAUUGAAUGAAGAAAAACUAUCGAAUAAAAAAAAAGCAAAUGAAAAAAGACUGGGGAAUAAAGAAAGACCA